UUCUUCUUUACAGAAUAUGGCCGACAUUUUGAUACCGCUGUCAUGAAGAUUUCCCAGUGACAAAUUCUAACUUUGUAGUUCUUCAUGCACGGUUUUAUGUUCCAAUAACGUUUUAUUUUUUUAAUUCUAUAGACGGUGUUUAGUGUAAGGUUUUAUUUUUUACAAACAUGGCAGCUGAUCGUGAAAUAGCUGCUGAAGACAGCAUUAGAGUCGUAUGCCGAUUUCGGCCACUCAAUGACUCUGAAGAAAAAGCUGGUUCCAAAUUCAUCGUGAAAUUCCCUUCAGGACCUGACGAUAAUUGCAUUUCCAUAGGGGGUAAAGUAUACCUGUUUGAUAAAGUAUUUAAGCCCAAUGCAACACAAGAGAAGGUAUACAAUGAAGCAGCAAAGAGUAUUGUAUCUGAUGUACUUGCGGGCUACAAUGGUACAAUAUUUGCAUAUGGUCAGACAAGUUCUGGUAAAACACAUACCAUGGAAGGUGUCAUAGGGGAUCCAGGUAAACAGGGUAUUAUUCCACGGAUAGUCAACGAUAUUUUCAACCACAUCUAUGCAAUGGAAGAAAAUCUUGAAUUCCACAUUAAGGUUUCAUAUUUUGAAAUUUAUAUGGACAAAAUUCGAGAUCUGCUGGAUGUGUCAAAGGUGAACCUUAGUGUACAUGAAGACAAAAAUAGAGUCCCAUUUGUAAAAGGUGCUACAGAAAGGUUUGUGUCGAGUCCAGAAGAAGUAUUUGAAGUUAUAGAAGAGGGAAAAUCAAAUAGGCAUAUUGCUGUAACAAACAUGAAUGAACAUUCAUCUAGAUCUCAUUCAGUCUUCCUCAUAAAUGUUAAGCAAGAAAAUUUAGAAAAUCAAAAGAAGUUAUCUGGAAAGUUAUAUCUUGUGGACUUGGCUGGUUCUGAAAAGGUAUCUAAAACUGGUGCUGAAGGUACUGUACUUGAUGAAGCAAAAAAUAUCAACAAGUCAUUAUCAGCUCUGGGUAAUGUAAUCUCUGCUUUGGCGGACGGCAAUAAAUCUCACAUCCCAUACAGAGACUCCAAAUUGACUCGUAUUCUUCAAGAAUCACUCGGUGGUAAUGCCAGAACGACAAUUGUUAUUUGUUGUUCUCCAGCAUCAUUUAACGAGAGUGAGACAAAAAGUACACUUGAUUUUGGUAAAAGGGCUAAAACUGUUAAGAAUGUUGUAUGUGUUAAUGAGGAGCUCACAGCUGAGGAAUGGAAGCGUCGCUACGAAAGAGAGAAAGAGAAAGUGGCUAGGUUGAAAGGAAAGGUUGAGAAGCUGGAGGCUGAGGUCAACCGUUGGCGUUCUGGAGAGACUGUCCGCCCUGAGGAACAGGUCAACUUGGUGGAAAUAGAAGCUGUUACUCCUAUUACAUCAUUCAUUGAAGAGAAGCCACCUGUAGCGCCUGUGCCGGUGGCGGUGUCGAGUGCGGUGGAAGACGCGGCGAUGCAGGGCAAGCUGGAGGCGCUGUACCAGCAACUGGACGACAAGGACGAGGAGAUCAACCAGCACUCGCAGCUCGUCGAGAAACUUAAGGAGCAGAUGAUGGAGCAGGAGGAGCUGAUCGCGUGCACAAGACGAGAUUAUGAAGCCCUCCAAGGCGACAUGAACCGCAUCCAGCAAGAGAACGAGGCCGCUAAGGAAGAGGUCAAAGAGGUGUUACAGGCGCUGGAAGAGCUCGCCGUCAACUACGACCAGAAGUCCCAAGAGGUCGACAGCAAGAGCCGGGAGUGCGACCAACUGUCUGAGGAGCUACAGACUAAGCAGAGCGCAUUAGCGACUGCGACUGCCGAACUGCAACAACUCCGUGACAUGUCCGCACACCAACGCAAACGCAUCGCGGAGCUACUCACCAACUUACUACGAGACCUGGCGGAGAUCGGAGCCGCGGUGGGCGGUUCUGAGCUAGACUUCAAGCUCAAUGUGGACACAGUAGGGAAACUCGAGGAGGAGUUCACCGUGGCUCGGCUGCAUAUCAGCAAGAUGAAGAGCGAGGUCAAGAACAUCGUGCAGCGCUGCCACUCGCUCGAGUCCGCUAACAUCGAUGCUAAUCAGAAGAUCUCGGAGUACGAGCGGUCGCUGGGCGAGUGCCGGCUGCUGAUCUCGCAGCACGAGGCGCGCUGCGCGUCGCUGGCGGAGUCCAUGCGCGAGGCCGAGAACAAGAAGCGCCAGCUCGAGGAGGCGGCCGACGCGCUGCGCGAGGAGUGCGCGCGCCUGCAGGCGGCGGAGCGCGUGCAGCUGGCGGCGGCGGAGCAGCGCGCCGACUCGCAGGUGCGCGCCGCGCUGGAGGCGCAGCUGGAGCAGCUGCGCGCCUCGCACGCCUCGCAGCUGGCCGCGCUGCGCGACGAGCUGGCCGCGCUGCAGCGCCAGCACCAGGACCUCAAGGACACGUACCAGGAGCUGACGUUGGCGCGCCAGCAGCUGCAGGACGACUACGACAAGCUGAAACGCGAGGAGGCCGACAAGUCCGCCAAGCUCAAGGAGCUCAUCCAAAGUGUGGAACGACGCGAGCAGGCUCGCGCCGAUCUCAAGGGACUCGAAGACACCGUGGCUAAGGAGUUACAGACACUGCACAACCUAAGGAAAUUAUUCGUGCAAGACCUACAGGCUCGGAUAAAGAAGUCGACGAACUCGGAGGAGGGCGCCGAGGAGGAGGGCGGCUCGCUGGCGCAGAAGCAGAAGAUCUCGUUCCUGGAGAACAACCUCGAGCAGCUCACGAAGGUCCACAAGCAGCUGGUGCGCGACAACGCGGACCUGCGCUGCGAGCUGCCCAAGCUGGAGAAGCGCCUGCGCGCCACCAUGGAGCGCGUCAAGGCGCUCGAGACCGCGCUCAAGGAAGCUAAGGAGGGUGCUAUGCGUGAUCGUAAGAGAUAUCAAUUCGAGGUCGACAGAAUUAAGGAAGCUGUCCGCGCCAAAAAUCUUGCCCGAAGAGGCGUGCAGGCACAAAUUGCGAAACCGAUCCGCGCGGGCGGCGGCCACCUGGUGGGCGGCGGCGCGGUGGGCGUGGUGCGGCCCGCCAACGCGCCCGCGCAGGACAUCAAGCGGAAAUCCAUCAUCGUCGGUGCGCGCGAUGAGAGUUGAAGAGAUAGCCGUUACUUCAUAGAGAAUCUAAAUAAAACUUCAUAGAUGUACCUAGAAUAAGACGGCAAAAAUCAUUCUUGGAAAAUAUAUCCAUAUAAUAAUUCUACUUAUAUGUUUAUAAAAAGCCUAAUAUAAGCUACAACAAAAUAAUAAAAAAUAAAGUAGUUCUCUUAGGCUUAACGUUUCGAGCUGUCUAAUCUUAAAGUCAAUAAGUGCACAUGUAUUUAAAAAAAGAUUAUAGCUUCUAGCCAUCGUCGUUUGUGUCUACGUUGAUCUGCUCUUAAAAUAAAAAGCGCUAAAAUUGACUCUUACGCGUAGACACAGGUUUUAACAUUUUAAUGAUUAGCCGUUAGAUAUGUCCAUGAAAAAGUAUUAUUUUGAAUCGGAUAUUAAGCUUGAUCUUAAAUGUCGCUUUCCAAGUUAAAUCAAAUUUAAAUAUUUUAAUGAAAUGACAAGUAUUAAGUUUAGUUUCGAUAUAAAUGCUACUCACGUUUGUGCUAGAUUGAUAUCUAUAUAAUGUACGCUGGGAUGGAAUGGCAUUUUGUAUAAAGAAAAAAGAAAUGAAAUCUUGAGUACAAAAACGACCGAGCCAGUUACCAGAGCGUUCGCUAGAACACCGGGAGUGCCGCCAUUUCAUCCCCGUUGGAUACCAGGACUUAUAGAUGCAAUAUAAUGCAGUAUGUUUAAUAAUAUGCUGUGAAUUAUAAGAAAACUUGCAUAUGCUGCCGCACAAAUAAAAGAGUAAAAAUAAAAUAAAAAAUAUCACAUUUUACCCAAUGGUUGUCGCAUAGGAAGUGUGGUGGCAAAUGCAUAACGGAGUGCGUCUUCAAUGUGUAGUUUAGUGUAAGCUUCUUUUAAUAUAUAUUUUUAUAUAUUGUGAUAAGAGUUGUUAUGCCGACAUGCGAGCAUUUAAUAAGUUAACGAAAGUAUGACCUUUUUUUUUGAUGGAAGGUGUUUUUGUAUGAUAACACGAUCAGUCACGAGUAGUAAUUGAAAUUCAAAAUUUCCGCAUAAUUAUUAUGGUCCGUUAGCAUUGGUAUUCCGAGCGUGUGUACCUAGGCGACUUGCUGCAACAAGCAAGUUCCAAGCCUCUAGGUACUGUCUGCGCCAGAUGGAUUCGAGAUUUUUAGUGGGAGGUUUUUAUAUUCUAACAUGGAAUAUGAAAAUCUCUUUCAACUAAUGAACAUAUUUCCUGGUAAUAAUUAUUAAAACUAAACCAAUGCAAUAAUUUUUAAAGCGACAACUUAUAUAUGUAAUAAUAAACACAAACAGUUCUUGAAACGUUACUGUAUAGGUUAUCAUUCAUGUCACCUGUAGCACUAAUGCUGCGUUACUUUCAUUUACACUAGCUUAUGAGCUGUGAUGUUUUAGGGGAGAUCCUAAUCGCUCUUGCACGAUGGUAUUUGUAGUCAUUUAUAGAUUUAGUUAAAGGCUUGUUCAUGUAGUACACGUCCAUUGUAUUCACACUUAACACUUGUCUGCCGCUGACGGAUCCCUAUAUAACUUGACCUAGACACGCAAUCGAUUUGGUUUAAAGUUCUCUAAUUUCUUUUAAGAUGCGUUAGCUUCUUGGUAGAUCUGCAACUUAUUUAAGUACUUAUGAAAAUAAUAAUCAUGUAGAAUGCAAUCUAGAACGGGCUACGUUGCAUUCGAAACGUACUGAACCGGGCCUGCGCUGCGUCCUCCGAGGAGUUAUGGAACUAUGGUCGACACAUGUUUCAGAAAACCAAAGAUAAAUCACAACUUUUAGAUUUAUUGUUCGAGAUUAUUUUAUUAUCAACUGAAAUUUGUUAUGUUCUGAUUUCUAAAAAGGUUCCAAAGCUCCUUAACGUGUUGCAAUACAUUUGUAUCAUUUAGGUGUAAAGUUCUAGUAAAUUAUUUCUACUUAAGUUAGGUACAUGAUUUUUACUAUUUUUAUUUAUUGUAUUACAUAUACCUAAAUUAUCGCGUUUUUUUUUGUUUCACUUUUGAAGUGUAAUACGCUUUUACAUACCUCUAUUUACAAUAUUUUAUAAUCACGAUCAAAUAUAUAUUUUUUAUCGUAAUUGGGAGACGCCUACAAAGAUGCAUUCCACGAGGGAGGCAGUUUGUAUCUUUGUUUAUUAUAUAAGUUACUUCCUUUGUUGUAUGUAGAUAAAAAUGAGGCUAUCCUCGGUUCACUCGCCUGUUGCAUAGAUAGCUCAAAGUGACGCCGGCCCCGCGCGCCGGCUCGCUCGGGCGAACCAGACCGACAGGCUUGCCUUUGCACCAAGUGAUUUAGUUUGUAUUGACAUCUUUUGUACGAUGUAUUUAAUAUAUGGAAAAUUCUCAAAA